AUGGUGGUCAAAGAUGGAGCCGUCAGUGUUCGUAGACCUGGCACGCAAGAUUGCAAGAACUUCACCUUCGAUGCUGUUUAUGAUGAGCACACCAUACAGUGCGACUUUUACGAGCACACUGGUUAUGCUAUUGUGGAAAGCGUCAUGGAUGGCUACAAUGGUACGAUUUUCGCUUAUGGGCAAACCGGCACUGGCAAGACCCACACGAUGGUUGGGCCAGCCCAACCAGAAGAGCUGCAUGGGGUUAUUCCUCGGACCUUCGCACACAUCUUCCGGAACGUCGAUUGUGGCCAGAACAAAAAAUUUCUGGUCCGCGCGUCAUACCUGGAGAUCUACAACGAAGAGAUCCGGGACUUGCUCUCGAAAAAUCCGAAGCAAAAGCUGGAGUUAAAAGACCAUCCAGAAGGAGGUGUUUUUGUGAAGGACUUGACGAACAUGAUCGUGAAGGGCGCGCCCGACCUCCAACAAGUUAUGGAGGUCGGACAAAAGAAUCGCAGUGUCGCCAGCACGCUCAUGAACAACGAAUCCAGCAGGUCGCACUCCAUCUUUACAAUUACAGUGGAGAUCCUGGAAAAAGGAAUUGAUGGGCAAGAUCAUAUUCGAGUAGGCAAGAUGAACAUGGUUGACCUGGCGGGCUCUGAGCGGCAAAGCAAGACUGGAGCCACUGGAGACACCCUGAAGGAAGCAACAAAGAUCAACAUGUCCUUGAGUGCUUUGGGAAACGUGAUCUCUGCCCUGGUUGACUCGAAGACAUCCUUCGUCCCCUACCGCGACUCGAAGCUCACGCGCUUGCUUCAGGACUCCCUGGGCGGCAACACGAAGACGGUCAUGUGCGCUUGUAUCGGUCCGGUCGACUACAACUAUGACGAGACACUGAGCACACUCCGCUAUGCCUCGCGAGCCAAGAGCAUCAAGAAUAAGCCAAGGAUAAAUGAAGAUCCAAAGGAUGCCAUGAUUCGUGAAUUCCAAGACGAGAUCACCCGACUGAAGAUGAAGUUGCAAGAGCGUGCGAAUGCGGGUCCCGGCAGCCCUCCUCGAGCGCCAGGUGCACCUGGGGAGCCCGAAGUUAUCGUGGAAAAGGAGGUGGUGGAAGUGGAGAAGAUUGUCGAGAAGGAGGUGGUGGUUCAAAAGGUUGUCCAAUCAGGAAUUACAGAGGAGGAGGUACAGCGCAUUCAGUGGCAGGUGGAACAAGAGAGAGCGCAGAUCGAGAUGGCUGUAGAAUCAGAAAGGCAGGCGAUUGAGGCGCAGAAGGAAAUGGCGGAUCAGGAAAAGCAACAGCUUCUGGAAGCUUUGGAGGAGAAGCAGCGGCUCAGGGAGGAGAAGGCACAGCAACAGGAGAAGAUGCUGCAGCAGCUCAAGGCCAUGGAGGAGAAGAUGCUGGUUGGAAGCCAGGUCAUGGAGAAAGCUAUGGCGCAGGAAGCAGACUUGAAGAAGGCUGCCAUGGAAGUGGAAGAGAAGAAACGCUUGGAGCAGCGUAUGCAAGAAGAGCUGGAACAACAGCAGGAGGACAAACUGAAUUUAGAAGAGAAGUAUGCCUCGACGGAGGAACAAGUGCAAAAGAUGACUGCCAAGCUUGAGAAGCUGUGGAAUCGCCACAAGCAAACUCAGCAGGAAGUACAAGAUCUACAGCAGGAGUUCCAGACUGAGCGUGAGGAUAUGUUGGAGACCAUCCGAGAGUUGCGGAAAGAAGUGAAGUUGGUAUGUCUUACCAUCGAAAAUUUUAUUCCGCUUGAACACUAUCAGCAGAUCGUGGAGCGUGCGCACUAUGAUGAAUCUUCUGAUGAGUGGGUCAUCAAUAACAUCGAUCUGGCUGGAAACCGGGUCCGAAGGCGUGGACGCAUUUUGGACGAUGAUGGGGAUGCCCGGCUUGGCAUGCGGCGCACGGGACAAGCAGAUGGUAGCCCUGACCCGGUGGCAAUGAUGAACGAGAGACCCAACGUCUACUUCGCUUACACCGAGGAUGGCGGGGCGCAGCGAGCGGAAACCCGCCCUGCGCCAGCCAAGAAUGGCAAAUCUCAGCGCAUGAAGUCGGCAGGUCGCCCAGGCACAGCUUCUCGGAAAGGUCGAGCUGUGAAGGGCGUUGGCACCAACUUCCUCCACUCCCCAGACCCUGAGGAGGCUGAGGAGGCAGCCUUCCCGAAGGCACGUGGCCUGGUCAGAGCCGGCUACCAGGGUUAG